GAUAGAAUCCUUAGCUUCUCUAUCAUAUCUCUCUGCUUUUCUCUGAAGCCCCAUACUUUCCCAUAAGUCAAUUCUCCUUCAUUACUGUUACUCAGCACCUCUUCCCUCUCCCCUGCUAUGGCUGCCGUUACUAAUUUCAUUUCCAAACUACCUUCGUCUCUGUCGACCACCCGUAAAAUAACUCCUAUUUCCUUCAGCAAUUCCUUUUUGUUACCCUUUGUCACCAAACCGAAAUCUCUAGCAACGAAACUAGAUCUAAACCGAACAAACUUCAUAGUAAAGGCUACAGCUGUUCCUGGGACUAAAAAGUCUGCAAGUGAUGAGAGAGUACAGAAAGUCCAUAGCAUAGAAGAAUUUGAUGAAGCCUUAAAAAAAGCCAAAAACAAGCUUGUUGUGGUAGAAUAUGCUGCUACUCGGAGUGACGAAAGCAGUAAAAUCUACCCUUUUAUGGUUAAUCUUAGCAAGCAAUGCAGCGACGUGGAGUUUCUUCUUGUCAUGGGCGAUGAAUCAGAGAAAACCAGAGAACUUUGCAAAAGAGAGAAGAUAGACAACGUUCCACACUUCAGCUUUUAUAAAAGCAUGGAGAAAAUUCAUGAAGAAGAAGCGAUUGGCCCGGAUCAGCUUGUUGGAGAUGUGCUGUACUAUGGUGAUAAUCAUUCAGCUGUGGUACAGUUGCAUUGCAGAGAAGAUGUUGAGAAGUUAAUCGAAGAACAUAAGGUUGAUAAUAAGCUGCUUGUUCUUGAUGUGGGGUUGAAGCAUUGUGGACCAUGCGUCAAGGUAUAUCCAACGGUUCUAAAGUUGUCCAGGCAGAUGGAUUCAGUGGUUUUCGCAAGAAUGAACGGUGAUGAGAAUGAUAGCUGCAUGCAGUUCUUGAAGGACAUGAACGUGAUUGAGGUGCCGACAUUUUUAUUCAUCAGAGAUGGCAAAAUAUGUGGAAGGUAUGUGGGUUCUGGUAAAGGGGAGCUUAUUGGGGAGAUCCUUAGAUACCAAGGAGUUCGAGUGACUUAUUAAAAACAAGGUGACUGUUUCAGCAAAAAAAAUUUAGUGAAACGGGUCAUAUACAGAAAUUAAUUUGAAGCCUUACGAAAUUACAUAAUAGUAAGUUAUGGGGUGGUAAAGGAAAAUUUUAAUUGUACUCAUAGAUGAAUUGCGGUGGCUGUUGGUAUUGUAGAACCAGUUUAUCGUAUGCUUUGUGAUGGAUGAUUAAUAUAAAACUUUUACCUGUCUGUUUUAUUAUGUA